UGGUCACAAUCCAGUGCUUCGGGUUGCAGAAUACAACUCCAUGCACUCUACAUUGAUUCAUGUGAAAGAUCCUUUGUGGAGUGCGAAACAGAGCGGUGAAAGCGCCAAGGCUGCAACACCCACUCCCUCCCUUCAAUCCCUAAUUCCCCAACUCCAUCACUCACUCCUCAACCUUCUGCUCUCAGGACUGGACCAUAUGGGCUGGGUUGUACAUGCAGAAUAGUGUUGGCUCUUAUUCACUCCUAUCAGCAUGGAUUUUAGGCAUAGUAGUCAGUCACACACAGUAGUUGGCAGAAUUGUGCUGGUGUUGCACCCUGCCGCUCAUCUAAUGGCCAUCACAUUUUUCCUGGUCAAGGGAGUGUGUUUCUUAGCCAAAAUCACAGUUGGAGCAGGUGUUACAUUGCAAUGAUGUUUGUUACACGGCUGCUAUGAUAUGGCAGAUUUUUGCGAACUGCCAUAGGCAAUUCAUGAAGGGAGGCAUGCUAUUGUGUGGCCAUAGGCUUCAAUGGAGUGUUUAUCUACUUGAAUUUUGGUCUUCUGUUAUUGAUAACAUUGUUACACAGAAGAUGUGUAGAAGCUCAACUUUGCCCCUGAAACCAGUAUUGUUUUGUGGCUGCAGCCCCUUGCACCUUCUUCUCUGUCUGUGAUCUUUGUCUUCUGUCUCCUUAGAAGGCAAUUGAAUCUUUUACGGGGGGAGAUGCAUACAUGCCAGGGUCUUCGGGUUACACUGGUACAGUAAACAGAAGGAGAAUGGGAAGUAAUAGCACUGAAAAGAUUCCAAUCAAUACCAGUGCUGAAAGUUCAGAAACCACUAUUGAAAUAAAGAUUAAAACAUUGGAUUCUCAAACGUACACCCUCAGAGUGGAUAAACAGAUGCCAGUCCCUGCCCUGAAAGAACAGAUUGCUUCUGUAACUGGAGUAUUAUCUGAACGGCAACGCCUAAUUUGCCAAGGAAAAGUUCUGAAGGAUGAUCAGCUCCUGUCUGCGUAUCAUGUUGAAGAUGGUCACACCUUGCAUCUGGUUGCGAGGCAACCUGACCUACCACCACCAGGAAGUCUGCCCAAUCAUUCAGUGACUGAACCGAAUUCAAGCUCAAGCCUGACAGGCCUCAGUCACAGUAGUCAAGUAGCCCCUGGUGUUUUUAUUGAGACUUUCAAUGUGCCUUUUCAGGGAGAUGGAGUUGCACCUGAAAUCAAUAGGAUCGUUUCUGCAGUUCUAGGAUCCAUUGGACUUCAAAAUUUUGCGAGUGGUGAAGGGAUUGACGUCAGGGAGCAUGAUUCCCAAGGCUCUGGGAGAAUUUCAGGCUCUAGUGGGAUAUUUGAUUCAUCUCAUCCUCAACCCGAACAAUCGGGUUUUCGGGUUUUGUCUGAUAGAUCACGUAAUGCCUUUGGAGCUCCAGCGACAGUAUCUCUAGGGUCUUUGCAGCCUCCUGUCAUUCCUGAUUCUUUGACAACUUUGUCCCAAUAUUUAAGUCACAUAAGCAAUGAAUUUGAUGCAAUUGUGAGAGAAGGGGGGAAUAUUGCCCAAGCAGACGAGGCUCAAAGGAAUGUAGAAACUAGACCUGUUUCUUCACGUUCGGGUUCAGUUCUAGAAGGGUUUUCAUCUCCGACAUUGUUGGCAGAGGUUCUGCUUUCUACCAGACGAAUGAUUGUUGAACAAGCAGGCGAAUGCCUACUUCAAAUAUCAAGGCAGAUGGAGAAUCAAGCGGAUGUAACUGAUCCAUUGUUGCGGUCAAGCAUUCAGUCUAGGGCUUUGAGGACUGGAGUUUUGUUUUAUAACCUUGGUGCAUUUUUACUCGAGCUUGGUCGCACAACGAUGACACUGCGUUUGGGUCAAACAUCGUCUGAAGCUGUAGUUAAUGGAGGGCCUGCAGUUUUUAUAUCCCCAAAUGGUCCUAACCAUAUCAUGGUUCAGCCCCUUCCUUUUCAACCUGGAACAAGCUUUGGCGCUGUUCCUGUUGGAGCUGCACAGUCUAGCUCAAGUUUAGGUAGUGGACUUGGUUCAAGCUUUUUCCCUAGGCGUAUAGAUAUACAGAUACGACGAGGUACCUCAGCAACAUCAUCCAAUACCACCAAUCAAGAAGAACGCAAUGAUACACAACCUGCCUCAGUACAAAGAAAUCCAGGUGAAAAUCCUGUUAAUCAGGCAACCUCCAGGCGUCCAGAUGCUUCUUUUUCUGGGGAACCAGGAGUAAGGUUAGUGCCUAUUAGAACCAUGGUUGCAGCAGCAGUACCGGGUCCUGUGGUCCGUCCGCCUUCAGAAUCAUCUGGUAAUUCCCUAGGUCUUUACUAUCCAAUUCUUGGGAGAUUUCAACAUGUGUCUUCUGGACAUGUAAAUAGUGAACAGAGAUCUCAACAUUCAAGUCAGCAUCAUGCUGCAGUGCCAUCAACUACUGAUUCCAUGUUGGAAAGGCAAAGCACAGAUGAUUCUACAAGGAAUGUAGGAUCCUUAUCAACUCAAAGCACAAGACCGGAGCCAUCUAAUUCUCGUGUUGUAAAUAUCAAUAUUCUGGCUGCCAGUGGACCCCAAAACAACCAAGAACCUGAGCGACAAAUACCAAGCAGUGUACUUCAGUUAUUAAGGUCACUCUUUCCUGGUGGAGAAAUUCAUGUGGAAGAUUCAAGUGUACAAGGAAUAACUCCAGGUUCUGACUCAGAUCAUGCUGCAACAUCAAGGGGGGCUGCCCAAGUCCCCGAAGCACAACCUAAUGCCAGUGAAGAAGGAAUAUUUUUGUCAAAUAUGCUCCGUGAAAUCAUGCCAGUCAUAUCUCAACAAGUAGGGUCAGAGGGAAAUCCUUCAGAAGAUCAUAUGGCUCAAGCUUCUUCAACCCAGGUUGAAACUGAUGUCGGGACAUCACGCAGACCGAGUGAUUCUGACUCAAGCCCCCCAAAUCCAAAACGUCAAAAGAUGGAGUGAAAUAGAGGGUAAUGUUCAGUGUGCGGUCGUGGAAGAUUACCAUCACGAGAAACAGAAUCUGGGGUGAAACUCAAGAUGUCAAUAUGGUAUUAAGUUCAUUCCUAGUUUUUUAUAUGAAGCGUGAUUUCAUUUUCUCAUGCUGUAGACAAAUUUUAAGAAGACUGCUCUCCGAAUUGUGACAACUUGUACGUUACUGGCAUUGGAAUUGAACUUCCCCUAAGUUCGGUUUAUUAUGCUUGGAAUUGGUAAUAGAAUUCAACAUUAGAAUUGAGAUUAGUCAUCUGAUAAAUUAAAUUUGGCGUCCUAGAGGUCUUUAUUGAA